CUAGCAGCAAAUGAUUCGGAACUCAAAAAUCUGCCAUAAGUGCUUAUUACAUUUAAUAAUGGUGAAAAUGGAGGGGAACCAUUGGUCAGGAAAUUCAGGCAGCCCCUAGAAGCUAGAAAAGGGUACACCAUCAGAAAUGUUUGGAUGUCACUGGCCUAGGCAAAAGGAUUUCUGGGCUGGAUCAUAUGCCCAGUUGAAAAGAAGACUACUUUGUAGAUUGAGUGUAAAUUUAAUGAACAGUGAGAAGAGCACUGAGACUGGGAGAGGAAAACCUAAAGGCUACCAGGAACCAUUGAUAAGCCCUGUGAGAUUCCUGAGUCAAUUCAUUUCAGUUCAAUGAACAUUUAUUGAGCACCUCUAAUACUCGUUACCAGACACCCUGGGAAUAUGAAGAAAAAUAAACAUGCGUUGUGGGAGUUCACAGCCUGCUAAGACUACAUUCACAAAACAGUGUUUUGUGUGUAUAUAUAUCUGUUCAAAGGCCAUUGGUUUGUUAGAUGUGGAUGUGUAUGGCCCUUCAAUUCCAAAGAUGAUGAAUCUGAAAGGAAAUCCAGAAUUAUCAGAGAGCAACCUAAUGAGGCCUCUUUUGAAUUAUGGUAUUGCUUGUAUGUCUAUGGGCUUCCUGGUUGAAGAGACUGCACCAGUUGUUUGGAGAGGCCUUAUGGUAAUGUCAGCCAUUGAGAAACUAUUGAGACAGGUAGAUUGGGGUCAGCUGGACUAUUUGGUUGUUGACAUGCCACCAGGAACCGGAGAUGUACAGUUAUCAGUCUCACAGAAUAUUCCCAUUUCAGGUGCUGUGAUUGUCUCCACACCCCAGGACAUUGCACUGAUGGAUGCACACAAGGGUGCUGAGAUGUUUCGAAAAGUCCACGUGCCUGUUCUGGGCCUUGUCCAAAAUAUGAGUGUUUUCCAGUGUCCAAAAUGUAAACACAAAACUCAUAUUUUUGGUGCUGAUGGUGCAAGGAGACUAGCACGGACCCUUGAUCUUGAUGUUCUAGGAGAUAUUCCUUUGCAUCUUAAUAUAAGGGAAGCUUCAGAUACAGGCCAGCCAAUUGUGUUUUCACAGCCUGAAAGUGAUGAGGCCAAAGCUUACCUGAAGAUUGCGGCAGAAGUGGUAAAAAGAUUGCCACCACCUCUAGAGUGAUUCCCCAAGUGUCCCGGAAAUUUGCCUGAUGCUUGACAAUAGAAGACCUUUGGAAAUCAGCAGUGUGGUGGUGAAACCUAUAGAAAGAAUAGCAAUCAUAGUUGUUUUCUUGUAUUUCUAAGGAAAUAAUGGCAUUCUCAGAUUUGAUUUGCUAAGCAACAACUCACAAAUAAAACUUUUAUAUAUCAAUGCUAACUGCUACAUUUAGGAAUGUUUUUGAAAGCUGAUGUGUACCAACUGCACAGAACUACAUGUUGUUUUAUUGAACUACCCCUCGAGGAAUCAUGAGUGUAUAUUACAAGCCCAACCUUCAGUUCAGGAGAGAACUGUGCUCUUUUUGUAGGACUGCAGAGUUAGUCAUUUAAAGGAUUUACUAAAUUUGUCUGUGGACAUAAGUGUGACGUCUCUCCAUCAGGCAACUUAGUCUAGCUUCAAAUCCUGCCUCUACUACUACCUUGGACACCUUCUUUUUUUUUUUUUUUUUUAAUCUAUACAAAUAUGUAUUUUUAGGGGUAUAUUGCAUAGGCAAAAACUGAGGAAGGGCAUUCAACAAAAUGUUAAUGAUAUUCUGAGAGCUGUUGUUUUUUUUCCCUGACAAAAUGCUGAAAGGCGUGUGGAAGAAAGUGAUAAAGAGAAAUAUGCAAGUUACAGUGGAAUAUACUGUCUCAAGUCCCAUCACCACUGAAUGGCUACUGAAGACCUGAAAGGCUAGGUGGAGUUGAAAUGUGCCGUGAGUGUACAAUACACGCUGGAAUUGGAAGACGUGGUACAACAAAGAAUGUAAAACAUCUCAGUGACUUUUUUCAUUAAUAAUUUUUUAUAAUGAUUACAUGGUGAAAUCAUAUUAUUAGGUUAAAUAAAUACAUUAUUAAAAUUAA